GCAGGGCCUGCAGAAAGGCAACGCUGGAAAGAGCAGACACGUGCAGGGACUGGGCACAUCCACCCAGUCUGAGGGGCCUGAAGCCAACGCAGAGUGGUGGAAGAGCCCAAGACCGCGGUGGGGAAAAAGGCCCGGAGCGAGGCCGCGGUGCUGAGGCUGUCGCCCGCCGAGACUUAGAACCUCAAGAUCUGCCCAGAAGCCUCGCUACUCACGUUGCACCAGCCGGUCUCCGGUGAAGGUGGAGGAGCAGCUGUGUAGGACAGGCCGGGCGGAGCGUGGUGUUGCCAAGGGAACGAGUUUCUACCACAAAGGUUUCUGCUCCUGGAGACGCAGCAUCCUGGGGAAGGUAGCCGACCCUAGGUCUACCCAUGGCUAAGGAGGCUGAAAACUUCGACCCCAUCGGUAACAUAUUAAUCCAGGUCCAUGAAGACCUUUAUCAGUUAAGGGAGAAAUUAGCAAAAUUCCCACUUGAGGAAAAAGGAGGAACUCUAGACAUUCAGAAUCUUGAAAGAGCAAUCAAGAGGACUGAAAUGGGGUUAAGAAUUCACAUCAAGAAGUAUUUAGAUGUUGUAAACCAUCAUGUGUUAACCACUCCUGUUACUGAUAAGUUACAUUUUCCCCACACUUCCAAAUGGUUGCUUCCAACUGUAAUUGAUCAGAAAUUAUUUAUUUUCCCUUUGGAAUCUGAGAAUAAACUCUGGCAACCCCAGAAACAGCGCAGUACAUUUCCACAUGCCUUUUCGAGAAUAAAGCGAAAGAUAGGGUUGGAUGUAAAAAUCAUGCAGGAUCCUGAGAACGCCCAGCACAGAGCUGCCGUAAACACACACUAUGGAAUCAGUUUGCCAUUUAUUAAUCAGAGAAAAGCAUCUGUGAAGGUUCAGAAGUUAAUACAAGGGUCCACCGUCAGCAGCCUCACAGUUCUGCCGGCUUCUCACCGCACGGAUCCCUAUUUCAGCCCCAUCCCAGUCUUACAAGAGGAUGCCAGAAGAGGUCGGUGA